AUGAUUUCCAAGACCGCCCUCGCCGCUUUGGCUGGCUAUCUCCUAGCCGCCUCAGCCAGCCCUGUCAACAGCCCCGGUGCUGAGAAGCGACAGUCGCCGCUUCCUGAUCUCCUGGUUGUUCCCGGCCUUGCAAAGGUUGGAGAGCUCCUCGGUGGUCCCAAGGCCUCUCCCCGUGACCUUCCCGUUCCGGGUCUCAAAGGACUCCCGAUCCCCGACCUCCCGGUCGUCGGCGGCGCUGGCCUUCCUCUUGGUGGCGGUGGUCUUCCUCUCGCCGGUCCCAGCCCUCUCGGUGGCGGUGCCAGCCCUCUCGGUGGUGUCAACCCUGUCGGUGGUGCCAACCCUCUGGGCAGCGUCCUUCCCAAGCGCCAGAUCAGCCUGCCUCCUCUGAUCCCCGCCAUCCCCGGUGUCACGGAGCCCCUGGCCGACAAUGCCAUUCCUCUGCCGGUUCUGCAGCUUCCGACUCCUCCCCUUGAUAGCCCGCCUUUCACUGGCUCCAACAUCAAGCCCAAGAAGAUCGGUUACUUCUGGACCGGUGCGGGUGACAACAAGCACAAGGAUUUCCUCAUCACCAUGAGUCUUGAUGAUGAUACCUUUGGUGAGAUCAUCACCCUCACUGAUGUUCCUAGCAGUGGCAACUCCCCUCACCACCUGGGUCCCUCUGCCGACGGCAAGACCCUCAUCGGUGGCGGUCUCCUCAGUCUCCUCAAGACGCAGGACACUGCUUUCUACUUUGAUGUGUCGGAUCCCUACAACCCCAAGUUCUCGCACAGCAACCGCGCUCUGCUGAGCUCGAUUGUCGACGAGAUCCGCGCCAAGCCCGAGGGUGGCUUCUUCAUCACUUACAUGGGUAGCGCCGUCGGCACCUCGCCCGGCCGCCUCGUCGAGACGGACGCCGCUGGUAACAUCAUCCACGAGUGGCCCGAAGAUGUUCAGGGCACCCUCAACAUUCUCGGCGAGCAGUUCAACCCCCACGGCCUCAGCAUCGACUUUGAGAAGAAGAUCAUCCUGACUUCGGACUUUGUUGUGCCUCUCAGCAUUCUCAAGCCCACUCUCGGCAUCCAGAAGGCUUCGACUCUCAGGCUCUGGAACCUCGAGGACAGGACCAUCAUCUCGACCAUCACCAUCCCCAACGGCGCCGGUAUUCAGGACGUCAAGUUCAUCCCCGGCAACGAGGAGAGCGCCGCCAUUGCCACCGCCGUCGGCCCUGGUGAGGUCUGGAUCAUCUACCCCUUCCGCAAGGACGCCAACGGCAACCAGGGUGUCGCCGAGCUUCUCUACUCUCUCGGCCCCAAGGCUGUCGACUCUCUCGCCAUCUACUCUGACAUUUCUGACGACGGCCGCUUCGCCUACUUCACCAUCACUCUUGGCAACCACGUCGCUGCUCUUGACAUUUCUGACCUCACCAACGUCAAGCGCCUUGAUGACCCCGAGGAGACCCAGCCCAUCAUCGGCCCCCACUAUGUCAAGAUCAGCCCCGACAAGAAGAACCUGCUCGUCACUGGCUACUUCGUCCAGGGCGGCGACAUCUCCAUCGUCAACACCCCCGGUGACUACAAGGCUCACUGGAUCGACAUCAACUACGAUGGCAGCCUCAGCUUCAACCGCACCGUCGACUUUGAGAGCAUCUUCACCCGCGACCGUGGUGGUGCCCGCCCUCACUCGUCGGUCAUCUACGAUCUCACUGACCCCGAGAACCCCAAGUACUACUAA